AUGAAGUAUGCAUGGAACCAUGGCACUUACAACCGACUGGAGUCCGACUUGCCCACUCAUGGCUCUGCAAUCGUUAGGACCAAAUCCACCAGACUCAGAAUUGCAGGUAGCCUGAUCAUUACCGGACUCAUCGCAGGACUCGGCAUAUGGGCCUACUCCAAGGCAAGACAAGAGCAAAAUGAACAGUCGCCCACAUCAAAGUUUUCCCGGAUCCAAGUCGCUACAGAAGUGAGAUCAUUUACACCAAGCGCCGUUUACCUUGAUGGGCAGCCAUGGACGGCAGAUAUGCCUAAGGGCGGAGGAUAUGUCACUACUCAAGGCAGAGUCGAACCCGACGCCAACGGCACUUACGUCGUAUCUAUGUGGCAUCAGAUCCAUUGCCUGCAAUACAUAAACCACGCACUAUUCCCAGGAGGAAAGAUCGCAUGUCGAGAAGUCGACGACGUCGAGCAGUCACUCCACCUUCGACAUUGCAUUGAAUACAUCUCAAAAGCAAUACUAUGCGCAGCGGAUACUACGUUGGAGAAGGCGACGGUCACACCACUGAAUGAUGGCAGACAUAAUUACUUUGUGGGCGAGGAAAGUGCUUGGGAGACUCCUCACAAAUGUCGCUCUUUGGAGCCCAUCAACUCCCUGGUGGAGGAGUAUUCAGUCAGCAAAUAUGCUCAGAACGGAGAUAAGUAG